UUCUCUUUCCAUUAACAAAAAGAGCCUCCUCAGCUGAGGGCGGAGCAAAUCGGACGCGCGUCCCCGUCCCUGCUGGCGCGCCCCCGUGUCGUGUCUCGUUAAGCAGAGCCAGUGGAGCUGUUCUCUGUGUAAAGUUUAGACUCCCUGGCAGCGUCGUGCGGUUUCCUGCUGUCACUUUUCUGUCCGCUCCAAGAUGCGUUUCCUCCCGCAGACAUCAUGGGAUUUAUCCGCUCUGAGAGGAAACUAACCUCCGGCUCUGCUGCUGCCUGUGUCCGGGUUUUGCUCUCCUUCAGCCGGGGAAAUCCUGCAGCGCCUCUCUGAGCGUCUUUACCGACACCGAGCCGCUUUUUCCUUCCCGUUAAUUUAUUUGUUUCCUGUCGCUUCAUCUAUUGACUUCAGCAGCUCCGAGUGACAGUAUUUGUAAUUUCCGUUCACACAGCUGAAGAUGGAGACGGUGAUGGAGAGGGAGUGCAGCGCGCUGGGGGGGCUUUUCCAGACUGUCAUAGGAGACAUGAAGGGUAGUUAUCCUGUCUGGGACGACUUCAUCAGCAAAGCAAGCAAGCUACAGUCACAGCUCAGGACAACAGUCGUCGCCGUAGCAGCGUUCCUGGAUGCCUUUCAGAAGGUGGCUGACCUGGCGACCAACAGCAGAGGAGGGACCAGAGACAUCGGCUCAGCCCUCACCAGGAUGUGCAUGAGGCACCGCAGUAUCGAGGCCAAGCUCCGCCAGUUCUCCAUGGUGUUUCUGGACUGUCUGAUUAACCCUCUACAGGAGCAGAUGGAAGAGUGGAAGAGAGUAGCCAACACUCUGGAUAAAGACCACGCCAAAGAGUAUAAGAAGGCCCGUCAGGAAAUCAAGAAGAGAUCUUCAGACACUCUGAAGCUGCAGAAGAAGGCAAAGAAAGCUGAUGUAUUUGGCCGCGGGGACCUCCAGCCUCAGCUGGACAGCGCCAUGCAGGAUGUCAGUGAUAAGUACCUGCUGCUGGAGGAGACAGAGAAGCAGGCAGUGAGGAAGGCACUGGUGGAGGAGAGGAGCCGCUUCUGCUACUUCGUCUCCAUGAUGAAGCCCGUUGUGGAGGAGGAGAUGUCCAUGCUGGGGGAGAUCACUCACCUCCAGACUCUGACAGACGACCUGAAGACACUAACCAUGGACCCUCACAAGCUGCCCGCCUCCAGCGAGCAGGUAAUUGUCGACCUUAAGGGCUCUGAGUGCGCCUGGUCCUACCAAACUCCACCCUCGUCACCAAGCACCACCGUAUCCAGGAAGUCAAGCAUGUGCAGCAGCCUCAACAGUGUGAACAGCAGUGACUCUCGCUCCAGCGGCUCACACUGCCACUCCCCAACCUCCCAUUUCCGUUACCGUGCCUCCUCCUCCUCUUCCUCAGUGCUCCCCCAGCAGACACCAGCCCGCCUCUCCUCGGUCUCCUCCCACGACUCUGGCUUCAUCUCCCAGGACGCCUUCCAGUCCAAAUCACCAUCACCCAUGCCCCCAGAAACCUCACAGGAAACUGGACGAUAA